CUGCCUCUGUUACAGCACGUGACAUUCGGUGUUGUUGUUUUAGUGUCCCCUCUCAUUUUUAAUCGUCCUCCACACUUUGGAUCCCAGAAACUAUUUCCAGUGUCUAUGUUGCACUUCAAACUAAACUGUCAGUUUGUCCUCUCGUUGCGCUCUUACUUUUCGAUGCCUGCUUUGCUUGUAAACAGUUUAGUGUCAAGAAAAACACAUCACCGGCUGACUGUCAUUGGUUUAACAUCAAUUUUCUCCAACAGGAUCGAAACACGUCCUUUUGCUUUUACAUGGAACUGAACUCUCUCCAUCAUUUCUUUCUUUCGUCUAAUUUUUUGGUUCAUUUCUGAAGCCGUUGACUAUCGGUCAUCUUCUACAGCUCAGUUUUAGAAACGAGCUAGCUCCAAAUCAAAUCUGAUAAACUGAAAGCGAAGCUAUGAAAUGGCGGCCAGUGUCCUUGCUGACCAAAUUUGGCCGUUUUUCUUUCACUCUCGUCCAGGUAGGUUGUAUGGCUUACUGUGUGAACAGCUAUAUCGGCAGUGUGGUUUACUGCUCCGGACCAUCUAUGGAACCAACAAUAAUCAAUCGAGACAUUGUCCUCACUGAACAGAUCUCGGUGAGACGAAACAGGCUCCAUAAAGGUGACGUCGUUGUUUCUGUCUCUCCCGAGAAUCCUAAAUCGUUCAUCUGUAAAAGACUUGUGGCCUUCGAGGGCGACUGCAUCUUCAACGACAUUGACAACUCUUUCCAGUACGUACCCCGUGGACAUGUCUGGUUGGAAGGGGACAACAAGUCAAACUCAAGUGACUCGCGUUUCUACGGACCAGUUCCUUAUGGACUGUUGAAGGGCAGAGUAUGCCUCAAGAUCUGGCCUCUCUUUAAAUUCGGCAAGCUACCGUAUUGUCCAGACAAUAUAGACUGAUGGAAUUGAUGGGACAUUUUUCUUUAUAAUCUAUCUACCUAUCUGUCUGUUUAUUAUAUAAAUAUAUAUAUAUAUAUAUAUAUAUAUAU